AUGUCCUUCAACCUUUCCAGCUACGCCUGCCUGAGUGCACAGCUAUUUGGAGAAGUCACUCGCCAGACCAACACGAAGUCCAUGAAAGUUGUGAAGCUGCUCAGUGAGCCACCCACGGCCAAGCGGAAAGAGGUCUACAACUGGUAUCCUCCCCACAACAUCUACUCCAGCCUGAUGAGGAAACUCCACUUCUAUGGUCUCUACAGAGAUGAGCAUGAAGAUUUCAAAGAAGAGAUGAAAAGACUGAAGAAGCUAUGUGGAAAAGGACUGCCAAAGAAAGGAGAAGGAAAUAAAGUGAUUAAGAGAAAAUAG